UGAUAUAUAUGGUUGCUCGUGCCGUCCUGUAUUUCUACAUCUCCGUCCCAAUCGCCGUGAUCCAGCUUGCCAGCUUACACACACGCGCGCGAUUCCAUCGCCGCCGCCGCCGCCGCCGCCGGAGACGACCCUCCCUGCCGUCAGUUAGUUGAGAUACAAAAUGGCCUCACUGGACACCGUCAGAGGAGAUCUUGGGCUGGUUGUUCUGUACCUAAGCAAGGCUGAGGCAAGAGAUAAGAUCUGUAGAGCUAUACAAUAUGGAUCCAAGUUCCUGAGCAACGGACAACCAGGACCUGCACAGAAUGUCGACAAAUCAACCAGUUUAGCCCGGAAAGUUUUCCGACUGUUUAAGUUUGUUAAUGAUCUCCAAGCUCUGAUUAGCCCCCCUGCCAAAGGAACUCCACUUCCGUUGAUCUUACUUGGAAAGUCGAAGAAUGCGAUGCUGUCAACUUUCCUCUUUCUGGACCAAAUCGUUUGGGCUGGGAGAACAGGAGUAUACAAGAACAAGGAGCGGGCAGAGUUCCUUGGCAGGAUAGCAUUUUAUUGCUUUCUCGGAUCUAAUACCUGUACUACCAUCAUCGAGUUAGCCGAGCUUCAGCGGCUAUCCAAAUCGAUGAAGAAGUUAGAGAAGGACCUCAAGCAUCAAGAGCUGUACAAGAACGAGCAGUAUCGGAUGAAGCUGAAGAAGUCCAAUGAGAGGCUGCUCGCCCUCAUCAAAUCAAGCCUUGACAUAGUCGUCGCGGUGGGGCUCCUGCAACUGGCUCCGAAAAAGGUGACUCCUCGUGUCACGGGGGCAUUUGGGUUUGCUAGCUCGCUCAUCGCCUGUUACCAGUUGCUUCCAUCCCCAGCCAAAUCCAAGUGAUCUGCCUACUCACCUCGGGCCAGACAGCUAGUGCGUCAAUUGGUAAAACAGUGGUUGGUGUCACCCCCCUUGUUGUUGCUGAUACUGAUAAGAAAUAAAUCUGGACCGAACUGUCCGUCUCUGUAGGAUGUAACCAAGGAUUAUUGUUGUGCAAGUUGGCAUGGCCCAGGGCCAUCUGAUAGCCUGGUUGAUGUUAUCUUUGUAUGGUCUGGUCUGGUGUGCCAUUAUAAUACUACAGUUGUUGCCAAAUAAUUAGAAAUUUCACACGAGAA